AUGGAUUACGGUGGCUGCGAGCUCCUGGUUCCCUGUGGCAAAGACAAAUACAUCUCCAAAAAUGAGCUGCUCUUACACUUGAAGACCUACAACAUCUACUACGAAGGGCAAAAUCUGCAGCUGCGGCACCGGGAGGAGGAAGGGGAACUCAUCGUGGAGGGGCUGCUCAACAUCUCCUGGGGCUUGCGGCGCCCGAUCCGCCUCCAGAUGCAGGAUGACAAUCAGCGCAUCCGGCCCCCGCCCUCCUCCUCCUCCUGGCACUCGGGAUGCAACCUGGGAGCCCACGGCUCUGUGCUGAAGCCCAGCACCUUGCCAGACAUCCAGGUCACGGAUGCGGAGCCCACGCUGAGCACGGAGCCUCUUGGAAGUGGCACAGGCAGCAAGCCGGGGCCGGAGGAGGCUCCGCAGCUGAUGCGGACGCGCAGCGAUGUGGGAGUGCGGCACAGGGGCAGCUGCCGCACCCCCAGCGAGCAGCGCCGCCUCCGCCGGCACCGCUUCUCCAUCAACGGGCACUUCUACAACCACAAGACCUCGGUGUUCACGCCAGCGUACGGCUCCGUCACCAACGUCCGGAUAAACAGCACCAUGACCACCCCCCAGGUCCUCAAACUGCUGCUCAAUAAGUUCAAGAUCGAAAACUCAGCAGAGGAGUUUGCUCUGUACAUCGUCCACACCAGUGGAGAGAAGCAGAAGCUCCGAGCCAGCGACUACCCCCUGAUCGCCCGCAUCCUGCAGGGGCCCUGUGAGCAGGUCUCCAAGGUCUUCCUCAUGGAGAAGGACCAGGUGGAAGAAGUCACCUAUGAUGUUGCCCAGUACAUCAAAUUCGAGAUGCCUGUCCUCAGGAGCUUCAUCCAGAAGCUGGAGGAAGAGGAGGAUCGGGAAGUGAAGAAGCUAAUGCGCAAGUACUCCAUCCUCCGGCUGAUGAUCGAGCAGAGGCUGGAGGAGAUCUCUGAAGGUCCAACAGCCAUGUGA